UAGAAAAAGAAGAAGAAUAAAACUUACGCGCUCAAUAAGUGAGGUUAGGUUUUUUCUGUUUGGAAGCGUCGGAAGUCGGAAGCGUCUUUUCUGUAAAACUUGUAAAGUGAAAAAGCGUCCUAAAAAAAAAUCAAAAGGAAAAACGUGAAGAACAGAGACGAAAAAAAUGGAAGAACGUGAAGAAAUGGCAAUUGAUGAAGAAGCACCGGAAGUACCGAAACAGGCUAGAGAAUUUCUGGAUCUUCCGUUAGUAGAUUUGAUGCCUACGAUCGCACAAUAUCUCACACCUAAGGAUUUGUUUGCCCUGCGCAGCUGCUCUCGCUAUUGCAAGGAACUGGUGGAUGAUGUUGGAUUUGCACAUCUUGGGAUAGUGGACCUUACAGAUUCGGGUUGUGGGUGGAGCUUAGGUGGCGAUGAAAUCAAUACAUCUAGAAACGCGUUGAAGCACAGUAUUAUGCUGAAAUGUCGCAAUGCCUGGCAAUUUAAGUGGGAUGAUGGCGAUGAUUAUCUUGCAGAUGAUACUCUUUUCAAGUUUCUGGAAAACAAUCCUCUUCUGGAAGUAUUUAAACUCGACUGUUGGGGCGCAGAUUUGGAACAAGCUCUUCAGCCGCUACUACAGUGCAAGAAUCUUGUUGUACUGAAAGUGAGAAGCAUUCUUCGUGUAGACGAUAAAUUCCUCCGUGUUCUGAGCCAAAACAACAAUAAUCUAAAGGAAAUUGAUUUUGAAUUCACUGGAGGCCUCACUCCUCAGGGAAUCAAAGAUUUCAUCUCUAAGCAACCACAUUUAACAAAGAUUGGCUUUCCGAUUAUUUCUGCAGAACAUCAAGAAGGACUGAUUGAAACUAUCAUUGCAUCUUGCAAAAAUUUGGAAAUAAUUGAGUUCGAGUCUUGGGACAAUGUUAACCUUUAUCGGUUGUUAAUACGACUGGCAGACUGUUGCAAAAAACUGAAGAUCAUUGACCUAAGAGAUGGUGACUAUAUUUGGAAAGAAAAUCCAGCAUUAAUUGGGUACAUGUACGGCAAAGGGAUCGACUUUUAUUGGGGCUACUACUGCACCAUUCCCUUGGAUAUUGCAGAGUAUAUUACGCUGCGUUCUGCACACCAAUAAUAAAAGGACUUGGGGACUACUUACUUAGAAAGCUGAAGUCUAUGAUGUGUUAAAUAUCAAGAUUCUAUAAGAGGGAAAACGUUAAAAUGAACUUGUCGCUACUCGAGAAACCUAAAAACUAUUUUUUUUAACUAAUUUUAACUGAAAUGAAUUUAGAAAAAAAACUGUAAGAGGCAGAAU